CGCGCGAUCAGUUGCCGGUUGGCGUUCGUCGCGUUGGUUACGAAACUAUUCAAUUGGCGCAACAUCUGUCGCCGGAGCAGAUCCCAUUCCGAUAGCCCACCUGGUAUCGCAACUUACGACAUGCAGAACUGGCUGAAGAUCUCGCUGCUGCUGUGCACGUUUGGGUUUUUCCGGGAGCUUCGACCAUCGGAGCCGUACGUCGCGGAGUAUCUGGCUUCGGACUACGGGAACCUGACCACGGAACAGAUCAACCAGGAUGUGUACCCCUUCGGAACCUACUCGGUGCUGGCCCAGCUGGUCAUUGUGUUCCUAAUCACGGAUCUGGUGAGGUACAAACCGGUUAUCGUGCUUUCGGCGCUGGCGGGGAUUACUCUCUUUUCCCUGCUUAUCUGGACGGAGACUCUGAGGAUGUUGCAGGUGGCUCAGCUGUUUUUCGGCACAUUCACCGCCGCGGAAGUGGCCUACUACACCUACAUGUACGCCAAGGUCAGCAAGGAGCAGUACCAGGUCGUCACGGGUCACACGAGGGCUGCCAUUCUGAGCGGGAAAUUCCUGGGCGGGCUGUUUGCCCAGAUCUUGGUGUCCACCGGGAGCAUGGACUACCGGCAGCUGCACUACAUAUCGCUGACCACGCAGGUGAUCUCCUUGGCGGUGUCCCUGUUCCUACCAAGUGUGCCCCGGAGCCUCUACUUCUACACGGCUUCGGAUGGGAGUCCCGCUCCCGGUGGCGAGGUGACCACCGCCAGGUUCUCCUUUUCCAAUGCCUGUCGUCUGCUGUGGUACCACCUCGUCUCCUCCUACUCCAACCCAGUGGUGCUGCAGUGGAGUCUGUGGUGGGCACUGGCCACGUGUGGCCAAAUUCAAGUAAUUUCGUACAUCCAGUUCCUUUGGAAAGAAGUGGCCCCGGAUCACUUAAGCGUGUAUAACGGCGGAGUGGAGGCAGUGGCUACUCUGCUAGGAGCUAUCGGAGCUAUUCUGGCGGGCUUGCUUAACUCCAAUAAGCGACGUGGAUCCUACAUGUUGGGCAUAUCCACAUGUGCCGCUGUCCUGGGUGCCCUGAUAAUCUAUGCUGCCAAGACGCAGGAGAUCUGGGUGGCCUAUGUGAACUAUGUGCUUUUCUGUGCCGUUUUCUUCUUCAUUAUCACCGUGGCGGGUGCAGUGGUGGCUGAGAAUCUGGUGGAGGACAGCUUUGGACUGAUCUUCGGUAUCAAUACGUUGGUGGGUUUGCUGCUUCAGACCAUCCUCACUAUAUCGGUGGUGGAAAGAGUUGGGUUCGCUCUGAACCCUCGAGAUCAGUACGUGGUCUACGGUAGCUACUUCCUUGUUUUAGGGGGGAUAUACAUUAUUGGGUCCCUCAUUGCGAAAUUGUUUUGCAGGUCUAACACAUCAAGUGCGGGGAAUGUGGAUAGUACAGGAUUUUAAAUAUUUCA